UCGCGCAGGCGCAGGCGCAGUAGCUCUCGGAAGCGCGCGCCCGACCCGACGCAGCGGCUGGCCCCGCGUGCAGGGGGCCGGUUCCCGGGCAAGAUGAAGCCCGGAGAGUGCUCGCCCGUGGAGGGCGGAUCCCGCGCCGGCCUCCCCGAGCUGGAGGGGCUGAAGGCGCGCGCCGCCGAGUGCAUCGACGGCGCGGCCGGGCGUCUGGGCGCCCUGAGCCAGGCCAUCUGGAGCCAGCCCGAGCUAGCGUACGAGGAGCACCACGCCCACCGGGUGCUCACGCGCUUCUUCGAGCUGGAGCCGCCGGCCGCCUCGUGGGCCGUGCAGCCGCACUACCUGCUGCCCACCGCCUUCCGCGCCGAGUGGGAGGCGCCCGCCGCCCGCGCGGCCCCGCGUCCGCUGCGGCUGGGCUUCCUGUGCGAGUACGACGCGCUGCCCGGCCUCGGCCACGCCUGCGGACACAACCUGAUCGCCGAGGUGGGCGCGGCGGCCGCGCUGGGCGUCAAGGGGGCCCUGGAGGGCGGCCCGGAGCCGGCCCCGCCAGUGAAGGUAAUUGUCUUGGGAACCCCUGCAGAAGAAGAUGGUGGUGGCAAAAUUGAUCUAAUUGAAGCAGGGGCUUUCAAAAAUCUUGAUGUUGUUUUUAUGGCUCACCCAUCCCAAGAGAAUGCAGCUUACCUACCUGAUGUGGCUGAACAUGAUGUGACGGUGAAAUUCUAUGGAAAAACAGCUCAUGCUGCUGCUUACCCCUGGGAAGGAGUGAAUGCCUUAGAUGCUGCAGUUCUUGCCUACAACAAUAUAUCUGCACUAAGACAGCAGAUGAAGCCAACCUGGCGGGCUCAUGGUAUAAUAAAAAAUGGUGGAGUAAAGCCCAAUAUCAUUCCCUCUUAUACGGAAUUAAUAUAUUACUUCCGUGCCCCCUCAAUGAGAGAACUUCCAAUUUUGACCAAAAAAGCAGAAGAUUGCUUCAGAGCUGCAGCUUUGGCCACAGGGUGCACGGUAGAAAUUAAAGGUGAAGCACAUGAUUAUUACAAUGUUCUUCCCAAUAAGAGCCUGUGGAAAGCCUACAUGGAAAAUGGAGAAAAGCUCGGAAUAGAUUUCAUUUCGGAAGAUGCAAUGUUGAAUGGUCCUUCAGGGUCUACUGAUUUUGGAAACGUCAGUUUUGUAGUUCCUGGGAUUCAUCCUUAUUUCUCCAUUGGAUCUAGUGCCUUGAAUCACACAGAGGAGUACACUGCAGCUGCAGGAUCGCAGGAAGCCCAGUUCUACACUUUGCGCACUGCCAAGGCUCUGGCAAUGACUGCAUUGGAUGUCGUUUUUAAACCAGAGUUACUAGAGAGGAUCCAAGAAGACUUUAAAUCGAAACUUCAAGAAGAGGACUUCUUAACCACAGUGGACUGACGGAAGAUUUAGGAACUGCUUCUGGAUUAAGUCACAACAUUUUCCCCUCAGUCUUUUAUUUUAAUGAAGGAGGAGGGCGCGUGUGUUCUUCUGUCUUAAAAGAUCCAGAUACUUCACCCUGAGAAGUAAGGGCAGGAUGUGGGGAAAGCACGUGACCUCAUAGAUACAACAAAACUUUCACAAAUCUCUGCUGGAGUUGCAGUAAUUAGGAUCAAGCUUGUGAUGGAUUUCUUCUUCCCCCACUCCCCUACCCUGUGCCACGGAUUGAACUCAGGCAUAUGCUGGUAUUUCUUACUGUGGAUGCACGCUUCAUUAUCAUAGUGAUAAUGUUUCAUAAAUCCAUGUCUGUGUCUCAAAAGAGCCAAGCCUUAUAUUUCAAGCCUUAUAUUCAGAAUUGACAUAUGGAAAAAUGCUUUGGCACUGGAUGGCAAAAUGAUUCUAUAGUUUUAAGAUUAGUGUUUUGAUUUAAUUCUGAUUUUAGGGAAGUUUUAUUUUAAUUAUCUGGCUAUUUCCAUACUGGUUUAGAGCAGCAUUUCUCAAAGUUUCAUCCAUGAACAGGACCUGGCCUAUCAGGUCCACGGAUCCAGUACACUGUGGACCUGUGGUUGAAACCCACUGGUAUAGAGGAUCAUGGAAUGGAAUGGAAGGAUCUCGUUGCUCAUUGAUUUGUUCGAGCGGGCUCCAGUAACGUCUCUCAUUGAGAGACUUAUUGUUACUGUUUUUGGCAUAUCCAAUACGCACGGGUAGCUUGCCAGGCUCUGCCGUGCGGUUGCGAUACUCUCGGUAGCUUGCCUGACUCUCCAAGAGGGGCGGAGGAAUCGAACACGGGUCAGCCGCGUGAAAGGCGAAUGCCCUACCGCUGUGCUAUCGCUCCAGCCCAUAGAGAAUCAUAAAAGUAGUUUUUGUUUUUUUUUUUAAAUCACAAAAGCCUUUUUCUAAAUCAUAGAAGGAGGCUUUUUCUACACCUUUGGACGGGACUUUGCCUGUUGACCGGUAUACAGAUCUGGUUAUAAUGUGAACCGAUGGAUGAAGUGCACUGUUUUUGAGAAUCAUAAAAGUAGCUUUUUUCUUGGUAUGUACCAUGGGGGCGCAGGGAGAGGAAGGGGUUAGAUAUCAAAACUGCUGUAGAAAACUCUAAACUUAAAAAAUACUUUAGUUUUAAUAUUUGAAGGAAUAUGAACAUUUUUUUUUUCUUUUUGGGUCACACCUGGUGAUGCACAGGGAUUAUUCCUGGUUCAUGCACUCAGGAAUUACUCCUGGUGGUGCUCGGGGGACCAUGUGGGAUGCUGGAAAUUGAACCCGGGUCGGCUGCAUGCAAGGCAGGCGCCCUGCCUGCUGUGCUAUCGCUCCAGCCCUGAACAUGUUCAUUUAAAAAAAAAAAAAAAGACAUGUUUUUUAACAAUUGAAGGAAUGUGAAAAUGUUCUUAAAAAAAAAAAAAGGAUGAACUCUGAGUAGUAGUAUUAAAGUUCUGUUCCUACUCUAAUAUUACAUAAUAGGGGGGAAAAAGGGUUGAACUGAACUCUUUCUGGAAGGCUUUUUGUUUCGUCCUAGAAGGACUUUCUGAGAAGCUGUGAUUCUACCAAACGAAGCACCAGCCUCUGCUCCUGACUCUUUACUUCUGUCCCAGACCUGGGCCCCUCCACCAGACGCCCCGAUUAGGCUUCUACUCAGAAAUCAGUCUGGACUGGAGGUCACUCGGGUUAGAGGACCGAAAGCUGAGCCUUCUUGUACUAACCUGAUACCAACUGAAAGUUUUCUUGUGAAGCUUAUUUUAGUGUGAAUUUCAUGAACAUAUUAAAAAAGUAUGAAAAAAGAAAAGAACCUGCUGAAGUUUUUUUGUUUUGGGUGUUUUUUUGAUGGGAACUGCCUUCAGAGCCUUUCACGUGCCACGCAUUUACUCUGUUGCUGGGACAUUCUGGUGAGUGGAGUGAUGUUCCCUGUGAUACAGUGGGCCUCAGAGUCUGUAAGCACUUUCCAGAAAUGGAAUGGGAAGGAGAGAAAAAUGAGCUGUCGGCAUCUCUGUGAGUUCACAAAGUAAAAUGUGGAGUGCUGCUGCAAAGAUGCGUGUGCCCAGAGGUGGCCCAGAGUCACCUCCCCACCUCCCCAACAGAGACACAGAGAGAUGGGGACCACAGCCUGAUGGCGAAAAUGGCCCAUUUAAUGCAGAGCUGCUAGCAUACUUCUAGAACAUCUGAAGGGGGCUUGAGGUAAGGACAUAGGUGUGAUUGAUCAUUUAUAUAGAUAAACAUUUGGCAGAGGGAAUUCUCUUGUGGAGAUUAACUCAAGAGUUUAACACUCUGUCUCCCAGGGACAUCUGCACUGUCACUGUAGCACUGUUGUCCUGUUGUUCAUUGAUAUGCUCGAGCGGGCACCAGUGAUGUCUCCAUUGUGAGACUUGUUACUGUUUUUGGCAUAUUGAAUAUGUCACGGGUAGCUUGCUGGGCUCUGCCGUGCGGGCAGGAUACUUUCAGUAGCUUGCUGGGCUCUCCAAGAGGGAUGGUGGAAUCGAACCCGGGUCAGCUGUGUGCAAGGCAAAUGCCCUACCCGCUGUGCUGUCUCUCCAAUCUGCAGGGACAUCUACAUUGCUUUUAUCUUUCCCCCUAGUUGUAUGUUAUCAAUACUUGCAGUUGUUUGGAUAAACACAGGAAGAGACAAGGAUCCCAACACUUAGUUCUCUGGGCUCUGAGAGUAAGCAAGGCUUUUGACACUUAGUUUUCUGGGCCCUGAGGGCAAGUAAGGCUUUUACUGUAAAUCCCAGACUAAGUCCUCAGGAUAGUUCAGCUUGUCCUACCCCAUGGGGGUCCUGCAUCUUAAGUCUUAAGUCAUAAUAGCUUGUAUCAAGACCAUGCGUUUAUGCUUUCUAGAAUGUCCCAUUUUGAUGCUGGGUAGCUUUGCCACUCACCCUGGAUCCAUCCCAGUCUCACGGUAGGACAUCCAUUUUUGGGUGUUAAGAACUACAGCAACUGAAGCCUGAGUCAAGUAAUUAUGACCAAGUAAUUAUGCUCAGGAGUAGAUGUAUUUCAGAGUAAAUCAGCUCCCAAAUAUUAGGAGCACAGAAGUGGAAUGAGAGGGCGAGAAAAAUGAGCUGUCAGUAUCUCUGUUGUUGGUGUCACUUGGAGCUUUGGAGCCUUAAGGUCCAUUUCAAAAGUUAUAUUAUUAGGCUGCUCACUUUGUUUGCCAUUUUGAACUCUCUAUCUCCUCUGUCUUGAAAUUCAAGUUGAAAGAGAGGGGUAGUCCAAAAGGAGA